GUUAUAUUUUCAUUUUUCCCUCCAAAUCUAGUGUCAUUUCUUCUGUGCGGGUGAUUGGCGAAACCACUUUUUGCUUUGCUGCAAUCACAAAUGGAGGAACCUACCUUCGACUCUGAUUUGAUCCAUUCUAUCAUGAAGCGCAUUUGGACAUUGCGAACCCUUGAACGUGAAAAUGUUGCAACCAACGAUGCUUUGGAUUCCGAGCUACAGGGAGGAGCUGGAUCGUCGAAGAAGAAUCGGACAACUUCUGCUAAUGCUAGUGCUCUGAAGCUUACUUGUGAACUUCUCCGUGUUUUUGUCACAGAGGCUAUUCAGCGAUCUGUUGCAAUUGCAGACACUGAGGGUGAUGGUCAAAUAGAAGCUACUCAUUUGGAGAGUAUUCUUCCUCAGUUACUUUUAGAUUUCUAAAGCAUUUGAUGAUUUGAAAUACUGAUCUGUAACUUUUACACCCUCCCAUCAUAGAUCUAGUUAAAAGCUCACUAAGUUUUUUGGUGAAAAGUUGUAUCAGAUGCAACUAGUUCUCUACAUGGAAAUCAAAAGAAAGGGACUGUUUCUGUAGUUUCUUUUUAUUGCAUGACUAUUCUACUGCUGAGCGCUCUCCACCAUCUGGUUAUAUUUGAUAUUUUAAACUCACCCUAGACGAGUCUCUAUAUGUGUAAAAUACCAUGGAGCUCCCCCAUGUUUUUACCUGAAGAUGGAUUAGGCAUGUAAGCAAAUGCUAAAUUGCUAAUAAUAAGUAUCUUAAAGAGUACAUUA